AUGCAAACUAUUGUACUAAAACAAAUUUAUACAGGCAAAGGCUUCGAUACGCAUAUCAAAGAAGUUUGCCCUAAGGUUCAAAUAUAUUGCACUAUGAAAGAAACUGGAUGUUCGUGGUCUGGAACUAGAAGUGAAUGUAGCUGCCAUAUACAAACUGGUAUCUUCGAAAAAUUAAAACCGACACUUGAUAAUUUACAUGAAUCGAUCCGAAACCUAAAUUCGUACAUAGAACAACUUAAACCCCAAACUGAACAACAAAAGAUCCAAUUAGAAAAUCCGAUGGUUGACCUUCUGAAGCAGAUAGAAAAUAAACAAAAUGAACAGCAUCAGCAAAUUAUAGAAGGGAAAUUUGAAGUAGAAAUGGGAAUGAAAGAGCAAGAGGAUUCAGUUCGAACAACAAAAAGUUCAAUUAGAAAAUGA